CGAAGUCUUACUCGCAAUUCUGCAGAGCGAUGUUGAAAGGUCGCAUCCUUAGCAUUCAGUCUCACGUCGCCUUUGGUUAUGUCGGUGGCAAGGCUGCGGUGUUCCCACUGCAGUGCUUGGGGUAUGACGUUGAUGUCGUGAAUACCGUCAAUUUUUCGAAUCACACUGGCUAUGGUCGCUUCGGCGGGUCGCGUGCUACCGCCGCAGAGCUCGGGAAUGUCCUCGAGAACAUGGAGAAGAAUCACCUGCUGCAGCCUGAACGACUAUUAACAGGUUACAUACCCGGCAGCGAAGCCUUGUCAGUGGUACUUUCGCUCGCUCAGAAGCUCACGGAGAAUAACCCAGAGAUCAUUUACUUGCUCGACCCUGUACUCGGGGACUCUGGGAAGCUUUACGUUUCGCCCGAUGUGAUACCAAUCUACAGAGCCAUGCUCCCGCUUUCGACUAUAAUUACACCGAACUGGUUCGAAGUAGAGGUCCUGACGGAUGUGCAGAUGACUGACGUCCCCUCCUUACGCCGUGCGCUCAAGAUCCUGCAUGAACGGUACCAGGUCCCUAAUGUCGUCAUCAGCUCCAUCCCGCUGAAACCAUGGCUCCUGGAGGGCCUACCAUCGCAGAACCGUCCGCCAGCAGGUACAGACACAAACACGGAAUACCUACUGUGCAUCGCGUCGUCUGCCACGGACACGACGAAGGGCCCGCAGCCGUCCGCAGUGCACACGCGCCACGUUCCGUGGAUUCCAGGCUACUUCUCCGGCGUCGGCGACCUCUUCUCCGCCCUCGUCCUCGCUCACUUCCGCUCGUCACACGGCUCGACGCCCGGGAGCCAUCUGGCGCACGCCGUCUCGCAGGCGCUCGGAAAAACACAUGCGAUACUCAAGUUGACGGACGAGUAUGCCACGACACUGCCCGAGGAGGACCGUCUGCCGACGGACGAGGAGCUGGACCAGAAGGAGCCCGAGCGGAAGACUCGCAGGAUGAAGGGACGCGAGCUUAGACUUGUACAAGGGCAGGACAUCGUCCGAACCGCUGCCCUCCAGGACGCAAAGAUGAAUCCUUGGGAAGGAUUUUGGGAAGAAUAGAUGGUAAUGGAUUGACAUAGCCAGCAUAUAACGAGAUUUUGUCUAGAUAGUACAGUGAUAGAUCUAACGA